GGAAAAUCAACGGAUGGAAAACCUUCACGUUUAAUUAUAUUUCUAUUAAUAAUUGUUCAUAAAAAUGCAAAGAGGAUUAAAAAUAAUUUUUAAAGAAGCAUUAGUGGUGAAAACUUUUAAUCCUUAAUUACCAUAAAAAAAAGAAUGAACGAAAUUACUUUUUAGAGACAAAGCAAAGGAAAAUUUCGGAAAAUCCUUAUAAAAGAAAUUUAAUUUUUAUUUAACGAGAAAGAAAGAAAAAAAAGAAGGGAAAAAAUUGGAGCGUUGCGAAGUAUUGUGAAUAAAAGAAAAUGAAUGAAAGCAGUAACAACCAUUGCAGUCAUUGAUAACCGAAAAUUGAUAAAAAUAGUGUAAUAAAAAUAUCAACUUAGACAAGAAUGCUUUCGAAUAUUUUAGUGUAUUGAGAAAAUUCGUGAAAGAAAUAAAAUUUUAUUAUUGUUCAACUCAUAAUAAAACAGAAUGAAUAAAAGUUCCAUAAAAUAUUUUAGAAGCCAAAGAGAAAAAUAAGCAACCAAAUCAAAAAUAUAAAAGAAUGCUUGAAAAAUAAAGCAUAAAUAGGACUUUGUCUUUCCUGUGCAAAAUUUUAAACUUUUAAUAGACUGGAAUAAAGGUUUUUUUUCUAUUACUUACAUAAUAUUUUAAAGACAGUAAAAGAAGGCAAUUAACAGCUGUCAAUUGGUAUUUUGUGCUUAAUGAAGUUAUAAAUCCAGUGAAUACAAUAUUAAUAAGAUGUAUUUAAAUAAAGUGUUUGCUAUAUAGCAAGUGAAAAAUGGGCUAUCAUUUGAAGAAGCUUUAAGUAUUAUAAAAGGAAUACUCAAAAUUAAGAAGCACAUUUGCAAGAAGCUUUCGGCAUUUUAUCUGUUUGCGAAAAUAAUAAAUAAAUAGAAGUAACAUUGAUGCCAAAAUAGAGUAUAGUAAAGAUAAUGUCGAAUCCUAGUGGAACAACAGGUAGACCCAACCGUGCUGAAUCAUCAUCAUCAAGUCAUAUGAAAAGACAACGUUCUGUAGAGUGGCAACAUGAGCAUAAUUACAGCAGCAGUGAAGAAGAAAAUGAUCGGAUUGUUGGUCGCAUAAACGGUGAAACCAACAUUAAUCAACAUAGAAAUAGUUCCAAUCCAUCACCAUCAAGGGAUUCAUCAUCUGUUCUUGCACAGCUUAUUGCUCAAACCAAACAACUUUCAUCAAAUUCUGAGAGGUCUUAUCGGUCUGAUUGCGAUACUGAUGAUGGCAUCAGCGUUGCAAACGACUGUGAAAACUUGGGUAUAAACAGCACAAAUCAACUCGCGAAAUCAAUAAAAAAUCGUUCAUCAUCUGGUAGACGACAAACAUCCCAAUACCCUAACGAAAACACCAGUCGACGAAUUCAACAAUACAGCACUGCACAAGAGCGGCUACGUAAUGAAAAUUUUUAUGGCUGCUUUUACUUAAGUAAAAGUGGAUUUUUGAUCUUUUUCUUUUAUCUAUUCCUUUCAUCAGGAGAUUCAAUCUUUACCGCCGGUAAGCCAGCAAUCCUUGCCAACAAUACACUGAUUCGUGGUAGUACAGCUUUAAACAAUCGUCGUCCAAUAACGUCUUCAAAUAGUACAAUUUCGUCGCAGAGCACAAAUAAUGAAACCGGACGGGGUGAUCGAAAAGAUAAAACAUCAACGAUUCACCAGCAACUUUAUUCAAUGGAUUCAGAUAUAGACUCUGAGCCGCCUCCUGAGCCAGCCCCACCUGAAAUGUUGCCCCCGUCGCAUCGGGAUAUAUCCAUGGCAAGCAUUAAUGCAAUAACAAUCAAGAAACCUUCCAACUUUGUACUAAAAAUUGACAAGAAUGGUGACCAAAUACAUGAAGAGUUCAUUCCAAAAGGCCACAACGAGUAUAUGAUUGCUGGUCAUAAUGCUGGAUAUUCAACGACAAGAUCAAUGGCCAAUGGGGUUCAAGAUUCAAGGCAAGUACAGAAUAUUUUAGGCGAUUAUAGAGACGAUAAUCAUUCGAGAUACUCUGUACCAUCGACGAUUUCUCGUCGUCUUCCUAGCAAUGUUUACGAUAUUCCCAUGGAGAAGAGCGUCUCUAGGAUGAAUGUUACGAUGCAAGGUGGACAAGCGCUUGCGGGUAUGCAGAGCACACAAAACAGUCACAUGAGUGGUUCGUCCCAAUUAAUGGUGCCUGGCUUUCCACUUAAAAACUCUCAACCUUAUUCACCUUCGAGAUUUAAUUUAGAUAAACGAUUCGAGUACAAGUGCUCAUGGAAAAUAUUUAGCAUUGCCUUAAUAUUCUUAAGUGUAAUUCUUUCGGUACUGCUGGUAUAUUUUGCAACAGUCAGUUCAAUAAAACCAAACGUCGAUCCAUCAAACUGUAUUCUCGUCCAAGAUGUAAAAUCAUCACAAACUCUAGCCAAUUCCCAAAAUCAUCUCCGUUCUGAUGGAGGCGGAAAUAGUUUAAGUUCAACAGGAAUGCUGAGUCAGCAUUCAACAACGACUGAAGAUUCGCUUCAUUCAACAUCAGAUAACGGAGUCGGAAGGACGUUUCAACCAAACAUGGACCAACAACAACAACUUCAAAUUCACAUUCAACCUUCAAUCACCGAACUAAAGGAGUUCAACGUUCUUCAUCACUCGACAAUUCCACCUUUUCAGUUCUGGAAUAUCGAGUUUCGUAACAAACAUCCCGCUUUUAUCUUGUUCAAUUUAACUCUACCAUGGGGCGCCAAUUUUGCUGUUUACGGAAGACGAAAUGUUCUGCCCAGCAUAACUCAGUAUGACUUUGCAGAAUUCUUCAAGCGUGAACGUUUGGAUCACAAUCGUUUGCGACGAAAACGAGAUGUAGUUGAUGACAUAAUGAGGCAUUACGAGCGAACUCACGAGAUGUUGGCUGAUGGGCAUCGCAAUCAUGACAAUAAAAUGGUAAAUCACAAUAAAAACACAAACGUGAGGGUCGACAAUGAAAUGACGUCUUUUGAUGAACAUCAAAAGGAAAACAUUCCAAAGCAGACGAUGUUGGAAGCUUCAGCUUUUCUCCAUCUUUCGCUUGAUGAUGCACAUAUUAUUUCAAAGAGAUCUGCAGAUGAACCAAAGCUUGACAUUGACUCGGUCAAAGUAAAUGUAACAGUUUUGGAGUAUCUUGAUGUUGGUCGUUGGUUCUUAGCGAUUUAUAAUGACGAGCUUGUAGCCCAUACGGUACAAUUGAUUGUGAGUGAAGCUGAAGGUGUCAGUAAUACUUGUCCCAAUGACUGCACUGGUCAUGGCUCAUGUUAUCUAGGAAAGUGUGACUGCAUUGAUGGAUAUCAAGGUUUAGAUUGUUCCAAAAGUGUUUGUCCGGUUUUAUGUUCAGCUCAUGGACAUUAUGGUGGUGGAGUUUGUCAUUGUGAAGACGGUUGGAAGGGUUCGGAAUGUGAUAUUCCAAUAACAGAAUGUGAAAUGGCAACAUGUUCAAGUCAUGGUCGAUGCAUUGAAGGCGAAUGUCAAUGUGACAAAGGUUGGAAGGGCCCGUUCUGUGACCAAGUUGAUUGUCACGAUCCAACAUGUUCGAGUCAUGGAAGUUGCGUUUCUGGUCAAUGCUUUUGCAAAGCUGGAUGGCAAGGUGAAGAUUGUGGAACUCGUGAUCAGCAAGUCUAUCAAUGUUUGCCAAGUUGUUCGGAUCAUGGACAUUAUGAUCUUGAAACUGCUGCAUGCAUAUGUGACCACCAUUGGACGGGUCAUGAUUGUUCUCAGGCACUUUGCAGUUUAGAUUGUGGACAGAAUGGAAUUUGCGAGUCAUCUAAAUGCCGAUGUCAUCCUGGUUGGACUGGCGCAUUAUGUGAACAAUUGACAUGCGAUCAACGUUGUAUGACCCAUGGCCAAUGUAAAAAUGGAACUUGUGUGUGCUCACAAGGAUGGAAUGGAAAAUACUGCACACUUCCCGGCUGCGAGAACGGGUGUUCAAGGCAUGGCCAAUGUACAUUGGAAGAUGGAGAAUAUCAUUGUAAUUGCAUUGAAGGAUGGGCAGGUUCUGACUGUUCCAUUCCACUGGAGAUGAUUUGUGAUGAUGGAGUUGAUAAUGAUGAAGAUGGAAUGAUUGAUUGCUCUGAUAGCGAAUGCUGUUCGCAUACUGUUUGCACUGAACACAUAAUGUGCCUGUCAUCAAACGAGCCAGUGGAUGUUUUACUACGAAAGCAACCGCCAUCCGUGACUGCAUCAUUCUUUCAGCGAGUUAAGUUCUUAAUUGAAGAAAACAGCGUGCAAUCGUACGCUCAUAAAGAUGAAUAUAGUGAAAGCGAAUUUUGGAACUCGUUUAUAUCGCGCCGUGUGUCGGUGCUGCGAGGACAGGUCAUCACGUCGCAAGGAUUAGGCAUUGUCGGCGUUCGUGUAUCGGUCGAUAGAGAUUCACGUUUUGGUUUUACCUUAACCAGACAAGGCGGAUGGUUUGACGUGUUGGUUAACGGGGGUGGUGCGAUUACUUUGCAAUUUCAACGCUCACCAUUCAGACCCAUGACAAGAACUGUUUUCGUUCCAUGGAAUCAAAUGAUUGUUCUUCCCCCUUUGUUGAUGCAUUUGGUGGAUGAAGAUAACAGCGUUAAGCCAAAAUUGGGACGAAAUCUUGCUUACAGCUUUUUGAAUUCUGUCGCUUAUGUGUUUAAUGACAAAAAUUCAACAAUCAGAGAAAAAUCGAUGUGCACUGAUCACGAUCAUGAAAUUUUAAUGCCACAUUUAACAAGCACAUGGAUGCCAAAUGCCAUUGGUUCAUUAUCAGGAAAAUCUGUUGUGUUUCCUGAAGCUGAGAUCAUUCAAGAAAGUAUUCAAAUUCCUGGCUCAAGUUUAUAUCUUACAUAUCAGUCAUCAAAAGUUCCCGGAUACUCAAGCAUUGUACGAAUGAAAUUAACUGGAGAUUUCAUUCCAUCUACUUUGAUUCUUGUCCAUGUUGGUGUGGAAAUUGAGGGUUCAUUGCAUGUCAAAACAUACGAAGCUGAUCCAAAUAUUGUACACACAUUUGCUUGGAACAAACGAAACGUUUAUAAACAAAAGGUUUAUGGUGCAGCCAUUGCCAGAAUAUCAAUUGGUUACGAGCACUCAACAUGUGAUAAAAUUGUUUGGGAGACACAAACUGCCAAGUUACAAGGAUUUGACGUUGAUAUCUCAGAUAUUGGUGGUUGGGGUUUGAAUAUUCAUCACCAAUACAAUUUCAAUGAGGGAAUAUUGCAAAAAGGAGAUGGAGCGACUUUGCAUCUGAAAGUUUAUCCUCGGGUCGUGCGCACUGUAAUGGGUAAUGGACAACAAAGAUCUCUUAAUUGCAAAGACAAAUGUAAUGGUCUGGCAAAGGACAGUAAACUUUUAACUCCGGUUGCACUUUCGGCUGGACCUGAUGGCAGUCUUUAUGUGGGUGAUUUUAAUCUUGUUCGAAGAAUUCUGAGUAAUGGAACAGUUAUUACGAUAGCGCAACUCAGUGCAACACAAGUUUCAUAUCAAUACUAUCUUUGCGUGUCACCAGCCGAUGGACAUCUUUAUAUAUCUGACCCAGAAAAACAUCAAGUAUUGAAAGUGCUUUAUCUGGAAAAUGUCGCUGACCCUGCAACAAAUAUGGAGCCAGUGGUUGGAAGUGGCCAACGUUGUAUACCUGGUGAUGAUGAAAAUUGUGGCGAUGGUGGCUUGGCUAAAAAUGCGAGAUUGUCACAUCCUAAAGGCAUCACAAUUGCAUCAGAUAAAACGAUGUAUAUUGCCGACGGAACAAAUAUACGAGCUGUUGAUAACAAAGGAAUAAUUCACACAUUAAUUGGACAUCAUGGUCAUCACAAUCAUUGGAGUCCAAUUCCAUGUCAAGGUGCAAUGACCGUUGAUCAAAUACAACUUCAAUGGCCAACAGGUUUAGCUUUGAGUCCACUUGAUGGUUCACUUCAUUUCACUGAUGACAGAUUGGUAUUGAAACUUACAGCGGAUAUGAAAAUCAAAGUUGUUGCCGGUACGCCAUUACAUUGCAAUACAAAUGUUAGUUACGAUGAGAGUGCUUUGGGAACUGUCUUAGCGAUGACUUUUUCACCCACUGGUGAUUUAUUUAUUGCUGACAGCGAUUCGAGACGAGUCAAUCUGAUAAGAAUGGUCGAUGCUGCAGGGAAUUCGAAAAUAUUUGCUGGUCAACCUGAUUCACUUAUUCCCGGAUGUAAAUGUGCAACUCCUAAGAAGCAGGGUGGCAAUUUGAACAGCGGUCAGGCUCCAUGUUCAUGCAUGAAUCUUAAGACAUCUGACAUUAAAAGCAAUAUUUCUAUCAUGUCGAGUAACACCAAAUUCUUGGCGAUUUCAGCAAUGGCAGUGACACAAGACAACGUUUUAAAUGUUGCAGACAAAACAUCUUUACAAAUCUUGGCACUUGAACAUUAUCUUCCAAGUCCAGAUAAGAGUUCUGAAUAUCACAUUCCAUAUCCAUCUUGCAAUGAAAUAUAUGUUUUUAAUCGAUUUGGACAACAUAUAGCAACAAAAGAUAUCUCAACAGGAAAAACAAUCUACACAUUUUUGUAUUCGAAAAAUACAAGCUUUGGAAAGCUUUCGACAGUCACCGAUAGUAUGGGGAAUAAGAUUCAAUUCCUUCGUGAUUACAGCAAUUUAGAAUUGAAUCUUAUUCCCCAUACUAUCGGUGACUGUCGAAAGCUUUCCAAAGCUUGUAUUUUUNGCUUUGGAAAGCUUUCGACAGUCACCGAUAGUAUGGGGAAUAAGAUUCAAUUCCUUCGUGAUUACAGCAAUUUAGUAACGUCUAUUGAAAACACACAAGACUACAAAGCAGAGCUUAAGUUUUCACCAAAUGGAUUUCUAACGAGAAUCACUGAGAAGGGAAAAUCACAAAUCUCUUUCGAUUAUGAUGAACAUGGAUUGAUGUUAAGCCGUUCAGGAAAUGGUGAAACUUUUAUUUAUCAGUACAAUGAACUGGGACGUGUCAAGGGAAUUAUUUUACCAAGUGGCGAAACAUUACAACUUGAAUCGAAAUUAAACACUGAAUAUGGUUUGGAAGUUGAUAUAAGAACAAAAAUUCCAUCACUCUUUUCACAAACACCAUCUAAUGUUACAUCUCUCAAAUUAAGUGGAGAAAUCAAAACAUUGAAGAUGAAUAAAGGCAAACAAGUCUUAAAAGCGUCCAUUAAUGUUAACAACAAUACAUUCAGUAUAAUAGAGAAUAAAAAUAUCGUCUUUGAAUCAUCAGCUGUUGCUCGACAUCCAUCUUUGGAAAAGACAAUGACAAUUGAAGCAGAAAUGUUGCCAAUGUGGUCACAUCAGAUUUUGGCAAUGGAUAAAUACUCGAAUAAAAUGCAUAUGACAUACAGUCUUACCGUUGAACAUCCAAGAAACCCACAACAAGUGCUUACAAGUGAGAUUUGGGUGAAUAAUUCAAGAUCUUUAGGUCUUAAAUAUUUUCAAAACAAAAACUACGAGCAAUUCUAUGACAAGGAUAUGACAACAGUAUUAACCGUUUUUUACAAUAAUUUGGGACUAGUGACAGCCUAUCAACCUGCAAGUGCUUUUCCUUUCAACAUCACGUAUGACAGAUUUAAUCGAAUGGAAGGGUGGAUAUGGGGACCAUCUGAACUAAGGUUUAUGUAUGAACGUCACGGACUUUUGUCAGAAAUUUCAUCACAACAAGAUGGAAUUAUUUCAUUUAUUUACAAUGACAACAAUCUCCUAUCCGAAAUUGGACUAGCAAGUCAAAGAAAAUUCCGUCUUGAUUAUGAUAACGACGGUGGUCUUCGAUCAAUUCAACUACCGACAGGGACCAAACAUAUUUUCGAUCUUCAGCGAUCAAUUGGAUUCAUAAGAUUCACUUAUACACCACCUGGAAGCACGAAACCUUACUUACAACAUUUCUCAUAUUCUGGUGCUUUACUUCAAACGAUUUACCCCGGUGAAGGUGCAAGAAUUAUUUACCGAUAUAAUGCACAGGAAAUGAUAUCAGAAAUUGUUCAUGGUGAGGGAAAAACAACUUUCAGCUUCGAUGAAGAGACAGGAAUGGUUGAAUCCGUAAUUCACAUUGAACGUGAUCUCGAAUAUCGUUGGGAUUUUGAUUAUAAUGGCAUGUUGUUAACUGAAGAACGAAUUGAUUUCAAUGCAAAGACUGGAUUAAGCAAUGCUAAAUUUACCUACGAAUAUGAUUCAAACUUCCGAUUGUUGACAACACAAGGAAGAAUUGGAGGGCAAAAUUUACCACUCAUAUCAUUUGCAUAUAGUUCAAAGACCGGUGACUUUGAACAGAUUUCACAAUUCAAAGUUUCACACCCUAAACCGAACAUGACAAAUAUUUAUGAUGGAACUGCAACAUUCACACGAACUGUUGACGGAAGGUUUCUCGAAACGGAAAUGACUGUUUACAUUCAUCGCAUGCAAGUCUUUAAAAUGGAAUUCUUCCACGACAUGCAUGGCAGAAUAACACAGACGAGAACAUUCUCUCGAAGCGUGGGCGUAACAAAUUUCUCGAAUGUUAAGAAUUUUACGUGGGAUUGUGAUGGCCAAUUGACAGGUGUUGACGCACAAGAACCAUGGGCAUUCAGAUACGAUGACAAUGGAAAUAUGCUUGCAUUAUCUUAUCGUGGUAACAACAUUCCAAUGGAAUAUAAUUCAAUGGAUCGAAUAACAAAAUUCGGAGAAAACUUUUACAAAUACGACGAAAGAGGUCACACAGUUCAAAAUGCUCGUGAAGAGAAAUUCCAUUACAGCACGCAAGGACUUCUUAUCAGAGCUACGAAGAAGAGUCGAUACGAUGUUCGUUAUUUUUAUGAUCAUAAGAAUCGUCUUGUUGUGAGAAAAGAUAAUUCCAAUAAUGUCACGCAAUUCUUUUACAAUAACCAGAAACGCCCUAAUGAAGUUUCUCACAUUUAUUCGCCCAGAGAUAACAAACUAAUGUCGCUUAUCUACGAUGACCGCGGACAUCUUAUUCUUGUUCAAGCUUUUCGUAAUAAAUAUUAUGUUGCCACUGACCAAUCAGGAACACCUGUCAUGGUUUUCAAUCAAUAUGGUGAAGGAAUUCGUGAGAUGAUGAGGUCACCAUUUGGUCAUAUUGUCUACGAUUCAAAUCCUUAUCUUUAUCUGCCAAUUGAUUUCUGUGGUGGAAUUCUCGAUCCAGUUACAUCAUUGGUUCACAUGCCAAAUGGAAAAGUUUAUGAUCCUUUGCUUGGUUUGUAUAUGACACCAAAUUGGGAGAAUACAAUUGAUCGAAUUGAAACGCCAACAAAACUUCAUCAAUAUCGAUUUAAUGGUAAUGAUCCCGUUAAUGCAAUGUUGAAUCGAUUACCACCAAAAGUAAGCGAAGACUGGUUGAGAUUGGUUGGAUAUAAGAUGGAAAGUAUGGCACCGCAAUUGAAUAAGAAUCUUUGGAAUAUUCUUCAGCCUUGGGGCAGUGUAACAUCUAAAAAUAGUUACAUACAACAGAAUAUUCUGAAGGUUGAAUCUGGUUUCUUAUCUCAUCUAAAUGAACGACGAUUGAAUGUUCAAAGCAAAUGGGAGACUUCAAAAAUGUCAGAAUUACGUUCUGAUUCAUCACCAUUCAGUCAAUUAAGGAUUGGAUCUGCUACAGAUCCACCAUUUGGACAAGGAAUUGUAGUUUCACGAACUGUGGAGGGUCAAGCAAUUGUGUCAAGUGUACCAGCAGCAAAUGCAAUCUAUCGUGAUGUUUACACUUCCGUGUUCAAUCAAACACUUUUAAUGCCAUUUGCGUUUGUUGUUCAUAGUUCGCUUCAUGAUGUUUUCCAUUUUGUAAAAGAAGAUUCGUGGCGAUCAAGUGAAGACCGACAACAAUUAAAACGAUUACAAGGACAAGUCAACACAACGUUUCAUGAUGUUCCAAAUAAAGAUAAUUCAAAUGGAAGCAAUUAUUUGGAUGUAAAAAUUCAUGGAACGCAUGCAAUUAUAAAUUUACGUUAUGGAACAACAAUUGAGAAGGAGAAGCAACGAUUAAUGCAUCAUGCGAAGUUGCAAGCAGCACGAAAAGCAUGGACAAGAGAGAAAGAUUUACUCGCUGAUGGACUUUUAACAGCAACAGAAUGGAAUCAGGCAGAUAUGGAUGAAAUACUCAAACAAGGAUAUUCUAAUUAUUACGAUUGUCAAUAUAUUCACGAUGUUAACAAAUACCCUGAACUUGCUGAAGAUCCCUUCAACAUUAAAUUUGUAAAGAAAAAAACAAAUCAAACAAGACGAAAACGUCAAGAAUCAAAAAAUAAUAUAAAUGAGAUAGAAUCAAUCGAAUUUGAAAGUUGAAGGAUAGAAGAGAAUUCAACAAGCCCAAUUUAAUUAACAAAUUUAUUUGUCUUAAAGCUAUUUACGAUGAAAAAAAAAACAUAAAUAAACAAAGUUACAUUUGAUAUUUUUUAUUUAAUAAACGCUUAAUGAAUGUCAUAUUGAUCUUACCAUAAAUAUCUCAAUAAGCGAAGAAGGCUUAAAAUUUGUGCUCAUCAUUUUCUUGAUAUAAUUAUGAAUAAUUAUGUAAAUGUGUAGUAGGUUCUAUUGUCAUUUGUCAUUCAAAAGAGGAAAAAGAAAGAAAGAAUGGAAGAAAGUAAAGUAAAACACAAAUAGCUAUUGUCCUUCAUUUUUUACACUUCAUGACAUUUUGUAUUUGGUUUAAAGGUUUAAAGGAAGGUAUCAUUAAAAUAUUUAUGAAAAUUAACAUUCAUGAUUGCUGUUAACUCUGUGUUCCCUUUAUGAAUGAUAUAAUAAAGUAAAUAAAAGGAUGAGAGAUUUUUUUCCAAAUAAAAAAGGAUAAGUAAGGGACGGUAAUGACAAAAAAUAUGAAUUAAUUAAACAACAAGGGAAAAAAAAUCAAAUUCUAUCAAAUUAUCUUUCCAUUCCGUGAAACAUUCCAAAUAAAUUUAAGGCAAGCUUUAAAGCAUAAAUAAAUGGAAAGUAGUUAUAGAAAUAUGAGAAGAACAAGAAACAUGAUUAAAUAUUUCUAUGAAACAUAACUUGCUGGCUAGUAUAGAACAUAAUCUAUCAAAUAAAUUAUAUUUAGUCGCAUGUCUUCGUUAUAUUUUCAGAAUUAAUAUCUUUAUUAUAAUUUCUUUUUGUCUUCGAUAUUUUAUCACAAAAUGUUUUUGAGUUUCAUUAAUUGUGAUACGUAAGACUGGGUAAGAAAAACAAAUUACUGAAAAUCAAUGAAUUAAUGACUUGUAUAUUUAUCUCCAUGAAAAUCUCAUGUAUAAGUAACAAAAAUGAAACCAAAAAUAAUAACAGAAAACAGUACAUUUGAACAUAGUG